CCUAAGCGGGUGAGGUCCUGACGCGGCUUUGCCGGCAGUGGCCGUUCUGCACCAACAUGGCGGCGGUUGCCGGAGCGACGUGGCCGGGGCGCCUCUGGUUUUGUCUCCUGGCGGCGCUGCAGGGGCUAUCUGUUUAUGGGACAAAAUUGUCAUCAGAAGCAUGCAGAGAACUUGGAUUUUCCAGCAACUUGCUAUGUAGUUCUUGCAGCCUUCUUGGACAGUUUAGUCUGAAUCAACUGGAUCCAUUCUGCAGACAGUGUUGCCAAGAGGAAGCUCAGUUUGAAACUAGAAAGCUAUAUGCAGGGGCUGUUCUUGAAGUGUGUGGAUGAAAAUUGGGAAGGUUCCCUCAAGUCCAGGCUUUUGUCAGGAGUGACAAGCCCAAACUGUUCAGGGGACUACAAAUCAAGUAUGUGCGUGGUUCUGACCCUGUACUAAAGCUGUUGGAUGACACUGGGAACAUUGCUGAAGAACUGAGCAUCCUCAAGUGGAACACGGAUAGUGUAGAAGAAUUCCUGAGUGAAAAACUAGAACGUAUAUAAAUCUUACUGCUUUCAGCAUACCUCUCUCACUUUAAUUUUUCAUCAUGGUAAUCUUCUCAGAUAAAGUGUGCUGUGCCUGGAAAAUCAUUCCUGCCUUUGCAUUAAUUCUAAAAGAUCUCAUAUUCAUGUGGUACUAAAUAUCUUUUAAUUAGGAGUGGAAGCUUCAGCACAGCAUGUAUUUGACAUGUUAGCAAACUGAAUAAAUAGCCUGUCCUAGUACAUUUCAGCUUUUAGCAUGCAUAUCACUAAUUAAAUGCUUUGUUACAAACUUUGUUAAUUAUACAAAUACCAGAGUUGUGUUAUAAUUGGACUAGUUUUUACAAACAAACCCUUAAACCUAGACAGCAUCUUCAGAUAAUUGAGAUGAUUACCAUGCUUUUUUUUGUAUGCUGCUCUUUGUACAGGAAGUCUUAACCAAAUGAGAUGUUCUCUCUUUCCCAGAGAGAUUUGUCUGCUUGUGCCCUCUUGCAUUUUGUAUUUCCAAGCCUUUUUGGGGAGUUUUGUUUUUUUUUAAAUAAGGGUCUUUAUAAUGCCUGGUUUCAAAGGGUUUGGGAGUAAUGAUGAAAGAACCUGUGCUCUGGAGUAAUGUGAAACAUUAUGUAGGUACACUUUAGUGAAGACUUCAUAGAAAACCUGAAAAGGUAUGUGCAAGUCUGAUAUCAGUGUGCUUUGCACUGAGUGUUUUACUUCGCUACAAGAGGCAUGAGGUAAAGGAGAAAAACUAAUUUUGAGCUGGAAAUAAAUCACUUUCACAAAA